AGGGAGCCGGUGGAUGCGGCGCCAUGGAGAUAAAGACGAAGCUUCGCGCGCUGCUGCUGUUCAUGUGGAUGACUCAAGGUGACACCCACAAGGUGGAGAUCCCCAGAGGGGAGCUGGAGGUGGUGAAAGGCGAGAUGGUGGUGCUACAAGCCUGGUACAGCCCCAACUCCGACAUUUCCAGGAACUCUGUCAUUUGGCAAUUCAUGGGGAAUAAGUCGCGGCAGGUGAUAAACUUCAGCUCCGGUGAGGUCGGGCUCGGUCAGAGCGAUUACACCACCAGGGUGGGCUUCAGCGCGGCCAUGCCCUCGGCCAACCUCUCCAUCUACAUCAACAACACACAGGAGUCGGACUCGGGGCGUUACGUCUGCAGCGUCCUCAUCCCUAGAAGUAAUGGCAUUUCAGGAGAGAUACACCUUAAUGUCAAAGUCCCCCCCUCGCCGCCGGUGUGCACCAUGACAGGAAACCCAGUGGUGAAGGGCAACGUGACGCUGAGCUGUAAGUCCAGUCACGGAAAACCCAUCCCUCAGUACAAGUGGACCAAGGCCGCGCCCCUGUCGGAGGUUUUCUUCUCACCGAUGCAGAAAUGGAGAACCUGCCCCCAGCCUAUGCUGGUGCUUGGGUUCAUGGACGAGAGACACGGCACCCUCCGGCUGAGUAACCUCACUAAAAACAUGUCGGGGAAGUACGUGUGCCGAGCCAGCAACACGGCCGGCUCCGACAGCUGCUCCAUUAACCUGGAAGUCAUCACCUCUUCCAACGCAGGCAUGAUCGCAGCGGCCACCCUGGGGUCGGUGGUGGGUCUCAUGGCCAUGGUGCUGUUCCUCAUAUUCAUCCUGAGGAGGAGGCGGGACACGGAGGAGGAGAUGGCCAACGAGAUCAAGGAGGAUGCUCAGGCCCCCAAGCGAGUGUCGUGGGCAAAGAGCAACACCGGCUCCGACAUCGUGUCCAAGAACGGCACGCUGUCCUCCAUAGCAACCAGUCCCCGGACCCGAGACCCGAACCCGCCCAGCUACCACUACCCGUACUCGCCCAUCUCGGUGUCGGACACGGGCUCAGUCAUCAACGCCUACCAGCUGCGACCCGGAGAGGCCAACACCUUACAGGGACUUCCUGGUUACAACAUGGGCGGCACUCCGUCACGUAAACACAAGCGGCCCCCCUGUGCGAACGGGGGCCCGCCGCAGAUUGUGAGGAGCUCUUUGCUCGGCGUCCCCCCCCACAGGACUGAGGGGGCACAGCCUCAGGCGCCCCCGCUCGCCGUGUCCCCACAAAUGAGCUCCUCCACCCUGACGCGCUCGGGCGCCGUCGCCGUCAUGGUGCCGGCUCAAAGCCAAGCCGGCUCGCUGGUGUGA